CUGUUGUUAGUGGGGAAUCAGCAGUCGGGGUCAAUUAGCGUAAUGAGCGCAGACACAGCUAGCAGCAGCAGCUCGUCCCGCUGGCUGGCUGUCAUUCAGGUGGAAGGAGGAAACAGGACGCAGCUGCAGCGCCGCAGUUCACGGUCAAAGCCUGAACACAGACAUUUGUUUUUACCUCUCUUUCCUCCGACUCCUCCAUACUGAGCCUCCGCCUGUUGCACACUUUAUACCGAGAGAGAGAGAGCAGUCAGUCGCUGGGAGCAUGGCCGCCAUCAAGGCUCUGGAACAGUGGUGUAAACUGCAGUGUGAUGGUUACCGAGAUGUGGCCAUCACCAACAUGACGACCUCCUUCAAGAACGGAAUGGCUUUCUGCGCGCUUAUACACAAGUACAGACCCGACCUGAUAGACUAUGACUCACUCAAAGAGGAGGAUGUGUUUGAGAACAACAGACUGGCUUUUCAGGUUGCAGAGGAGAAGUUGGGGAUUCCCGCUUUGUUGGAUGCAGAAGACAUGGUGGCACUAAGGAUCCCAGACAGACUGAGCAUUCUCACCUAUGUCUCCCAGUACUACAACUACUUCAAAGGGCGGCCUUCCAUGGGAGGUGUAAAAAGGCCAGCAGAGGGCUCCAAGGAGGAGCCUUCAGAGAAGAAAAAUCUGCCAGUGGUUGCCAAAACCUUUGUGUCUAAAACCGCCACUCAGAAUCGUUUACCUUCCACUCUCACGGCUCAGACCUCCCCCAAGUUGGCCAGAGCAACUGCUCAGAAGCCGGUUCUUGCAGAAAACGCUAACAAAAAUGGGACUCUAACUAGCAAAUGUGUAGCAUGCAAGUACCAUGUUCAUCUGGUUCAGAGGCACUUUGUGGAUGGCAAGCUCUAUCACAGAAGCUGUUUCAAAUGCGGUGAAUGCUCGAACGUGCUUCAUGCAGGAGGGUACAAACCUGGGAAGAAUCCAGACACUUUCAUCUGCAACGCCCACCAGAACAGUUGCAAACCGCCCUCUUCCGAGGUCGGGAUCAAAAACAGACCCACGGGUUCAGCGGGGCGGUUAAAUAGUGCCAGUCAGACUCAGCCUGCACCACGCCCCUCUUCUUUGCUGUCAGCUCCACUGAAUAUCGUCCUGAAACCAGUAGUCAGUCCUGCUCCACCCUCCCAAUCCUGGACGGCCUCAGCCCAUCGGACGCAGACGGCCCGGCAGAGGUUCUUUCAGGCUGCAGUGCCAGUCACAGAGGCCUCAGCAGGUAACAGGAAGCCAACUGAGCCUUCAGGUGUUUCAGGAAGGCCAAAGGUACCGCCGACUACUGAUGAUGAGAAGAACAGAGGCAGGACAAACAUUGGAAAGAAGUUGGCAGAGGAAAACUGCAACAAUAACAACAAACGACCCUUUACCAUCCGGUCAGCCGAAAGGAGGUUUGGAGAGGAGCCAAGUCCAGCUGAUGGCCCCGGUUUGAGAAAAGAUAAAUGCAGCCAAGACCCAGCAGGAAACCGGGCAGGACAGCCCACCACCAGCCAGACAAACAAAAAGGAACCGCCAUGUCUGAAGGCCAUCCACAAAGACAACACGAAGCCAACGACUGUACACACAAUCGCCAAAGAUCCAGUCUGGGGGCAGAUGAGGCUCAAACCUGUGAAAAUGGAGCUAGCUUCAAAAGAUGCUGAAGCGUUUACUGAGCAACAUAAGCCUGGAUCCUUGUCCACGGCGUGCUCUAAUGUCCCCAGCAGCACUACAAGGCCUCCCUCUGCUCCGACACUUGCACUACCUCCAGUUACCUUGGCUCUCUUUGAUCCAGCACACUUUAGAGAAGUGUCACCCCAGAAACCCCAGCUGGCUUCUGGAAACCUUGAUUUAAAAAAUGCUACUCCCUCACCUGUGAAAUCCCCGCCCAGACGGUUAGCUGUGGAAUCUUUUAGUUCUCCAACAACGGCUCCAGCCAAUCACAGUAAUCUUCCAGGUGCUAAAAAGGGAAAGUAUUUGUCACCCACCAACGCCUCCAGGACUGAAAUGAGGUCACCCUCUGUGAAGUCUUAUCACAUUCCAGUGGAGCAGAUUGAGAAGGACCUGAAUGAUGUUGAGAGAAACUUGGCUCGGUUGGAGAAGGAGGGCGUAGAGCUGGAAAAGAAUCUUCGCAGCUGUGAGGAAGAGGGAGAUGGAGACAUAUUAAUGGACCCUCUGAUGGUCGACUGGUUCAACUUGAUUCGAAAGAAGCAGAUGUACAUUAGGAAGGAGUCAGAGCUUGUAUACUUAGCCAGGACUCAGGAGCUGGAGCAGCAGCAGCCAGAUGUGGAGGGGGAACUUCGCAGGCUGCUGGAGACGCCAGAUCAUUUAAAGUCCAGAGAGGAGCAACAGCGGGAGAAGAAGUUGAUGCAGAGACUGGUGGAGAUUGUGGAUGGCAGAAAUGCAAUAGUGGAGGGUCUGGAUGAAGACAGGCUGAGGGAAGUGGAGGAGGAUCAGCAGCUGAACGAAAUGAUGCAAAAUCUUCGAGUAAAGAAAGCCAAAAAUAAGAGGAAAUCCUCCAUCUCCAAACUAUUCAGGCGGAGAAGUAAAAGACAAGUGGAAUGAUCCUCACAGAAAUGUUUACAAAACUAAUUUGACUGUUGUAUUGUCUUAUUAUCAUAUAUUUUUAAAAUGUUUUAAAGUUUUUAUAUUUAAGUACUGCAGUACAUACGAAGGCAAAUGAACAGAUGUCCAAUUAGGAUGAAUGAUGGAUCAAAUCAUGUUUGUGGUUGUUGAAUAGUUCAAAUUAAAGGUUCAGGUGUAAUAAUAUUGUCACCUUUUUGGUUCUUCGUUUGCUGUAAUUUGAAUGAAGUGAGAAUUUCUAAAUGGCUUAAAUCUUUUCUUUUUUUCCACAAUGGGUGUCCUGUUUUCUCACAGUUAUUGUUUUUCACAGUUUUUUUCACAAAAGAAAAUGGUGUUUAAUUACGUGGCAAACACAGCCAUGAGCAUUUCCCUUGUAUUGAUUAUGCUUCAGUAGGGGAGAGUCACAAGGAAAAAAUGUCUUUAGUCAUGAAAUGUUAGUUAUGUAAAAACUCUGUUAAUUUAUUAUUUAAUUAGAUAUGUAAUUUAUCAUUUGUACUUGCACUGGGGCAAACACAUUCAAUGUCGGGUGUUAAACACAUCCGCUAUCAUGAUAUUUAAAUGACUGAGGCGACAUUUUUUUUCUAAAACAGCCUUGAUUCAAAAUGAAAUGAUUUAAGUAUUUAUUUCAUAAUGGAUUUUAACUAAUUUCCUAUAAGGGUAUUAGCAGCAGAAAAAGCCUAGAGAGUUGUGUUUCAAUGUCUGUGGAGUGCAAGAUGGAGAGCCACACAUGUUGCAGAGCCUCCUCUCCCUCUCUGUACUGUAGGUGGCAGCCUGGGUAUGCUCUAUCACAAGGCAGGAACUUGGAAAUCCAAUUUGCCACAGUACGGACAGUUAAUUUCUUUGCUAAUUUUAUAAAUGCUGCAAAAAUGUUCAGCUGUGCUGAUGCAAUAAUGUUAUGUGAAAGAGGAUUAGGUAGAGCAGUAGCUUAUGGCCGGGGAAGGCUUAUAAACUAUAGGUUGUAUUGAGCUUUUUAUCUUCAAACCGGGUUUAAUUAAACAUUACUCUUUACUAAUAUCUGCAUCAGAAAUGCUCCGUACCUGAGCUAUUAAAAUGUUCAAACGUGUGUGAAGUCACUCAUGUGUGGAAAUGGCAUUUGCAGUGUGUGUAAGGAAUGUAAUGUUGCAUUUAAAGUGUUACUGAAUGGUAUGUACUCUAUUUAUAAUAUUUUUAAACUUGAAAUCUGUAGUCCAAUAAAUCCUUUGAAGAUUA